AGCCCGCGGGGAAGGCGCGCGCGCGAGUAAAGGGCCGGCGCUCGAGUUGUUCAUCCCGCCCGCCCGCUCUCUCCUCCGGUCCUCCGCUCAAGCCAUGUCUGCUCCGUCUGCACGGCCGCCUUAUCGCCCGGCUCCUGACCUUCGCCUGCUGCUCCAUGCUGCUGUGCGUCGCGGAGGACAAUGGGGAGGACGAGCACGCUCCAAGCACCUGUACACGGAGGAUAUGUCACCCACGCCCGUCAAGACCAGUCCGCACUUCGUCAUGUUCUUCGCCCCUUGGUGUGGACAUUGUCAGAGGCUUCAGGGUGCGUGGAAUGAGAUGGCAGACAAGUAUAACAAUAUGGAGGACCCUCCUGCGUAUGUGGUCAAGGUGGACUGCACAAAAGACACAACUCUUUGCUCUCAGCAGGGAGUCCGAGGGUAUCCGACCCUGAAGCUCUUCAGGCCAGACCAGGAAGCUGUGAAAUACCAGGGUCCACGUGACUUACAGACACUUGAAAACUGGAUGCUCAAGACUUUGAAAGAAGAGCCUCCACAGCCAGAGUCUGAACUUGAGCCUCCUCAGGUCCCUGAACCGAAGCAGGGGUUAUAUGAACUUGGGGCCUCUACUUUUAAGGAACAUAUCGCACAGGGAUAUCAUUUUAUAAAGUUCUUUGCCCCUUGGUGUGGUCACUGCAAAGCACUGGCCCCCACAUGGGAACAGCUUGCCAGUGCGUUUGAACAUUCAGAGACGGUCAAGGUUGCCAAGGUUGACUGUACGCAGCAUUAUGAAGUUUGCUCUCAAAAUGAAGUGCGUGGAUAUCCAACUCUGCUAUGGUUUAAGGGUGGUGAAAAGGUUGAUCAGUACAGGGGCAAGAGAGAUCUGGAUUCACUGAAAGAGUUUGUGGAUUCACACCUGAAAGCUGCUUCAGAAACUGACACUCCUGAUUCUCUAGCAGAUGAGGCCAAGCAGAAGGCAGAAGAAGAAGCCUCUAAGGAUGAGUCUGCUGUUCUUGUUCUCAAUGAAGGCAACUUUGAUGAGACUGUGGCUACAGGUCUUACUUUCAUCAAGUUUUAUGCUCCAUGGUGUGGUCACUGUAAGAAUAUAGCACCAACAUGGGAAGAUCUCGCUAAAAAGGAGUUUCCUGGCCUCACAGAUGUGAAGAUUGCUGAAGUGGACUGCACAGUUGAACGCACGCUCUGCAAUCGCUUCUCUGUGCGAGGUUACCCAACACUACUGCUGUUCCGUGCAGGAGAGAAAAGCGAUGAACACAAUGGUGGAAGAGAUCUAGAAAGUCUUCACAGUUUUGUCAUGCGGCAAGUGAGAGAUGAGCUCUGAUCCCGCGGCUCUCUUUAGUUCAUUUCUUUUUUCUAUUUUUUUUUUUUUUUGUAUUUUAUGUAUUAACUUUUCAAAGGUGUGUGCAGCAGGAGA